AUGAAGAUGAGCCUCCGUGGCAGAAAGAGGAGGCUGUGGCGGCCUAAGACGUCUGCUCCCUGUGAACCAGGGGACUCCACGGGAGAUGACACAGGUGUUUGCUGCCUGGUCCUGGUCGCUCUGAGCCUGUGGCCGGAUAGAGCUGCUGCCCCGGGGCCACCGCCGGGCCCCCCACGGGCCUCCCCAGACCCUCGGGCCGAGCUGGACAGCGCCGUCCUCCUGACCCGCUCUCUCCUGGCGGACACUCGACAGCUUGCUGCGCAGCUGAGAGACAAAUUUCCAGCCGACGGAGACCACAACCUGGACUCUCUUCCCACCUUGGCCAUGAGUGCAGGGGCGCUGGGAGCCCUACAGCUCCCAGGUGUGCUGACGCGGCUGCGGGCAGACCUGUUCUCCUACCUGCGGCACGUGCAGUGGCUGCGGCGGGCGGGCGGCCCUUCCUUGCGGACCCUGGAGCCGGAGCUGGGCGCCCUGCAGGCCCGGCUGGACAGACUGCUGCGCCGGCUGCAGCUCCUGAUGUCCCGCCUGGCCUUACCCCAAGCACCCCCAGACCCACCAGCUCCCCCACUGGCCCCCCCAGCCUCCGCCUGGGGGGGCAUCAGGGCAGCCCACGCCAUUCUUGGGGGGUUGCACCUGACCCUUGACUGGGCCGUGCGGGGCUUGCUGCUGCUGAAGACUCGGUUGUGACCAGCUACACAGAACCGCCAACGUCCUUCGAUGCCACAUCUUAUUUAUUUAUUUAUUUGGGGACUAGGGGCAUGGAGGUCAGGAGAUACCCCCCUCUUCUUCUCCCCCUAAUUAGAGACGGUCCCUCCAGGAGACCUGGGCAGAAGAGGGGGGGGCAUCUGUGCCUUAUUUAUACUUAUUUAUUUAAGGGCGUGGGUGGGAGGUGGGUGGGCUUGGGGACCAAAGGGUGAGGGAACUGGAGUCCUGGAUUCUUGAAUCUCUAAGACGUCUGGCCACAGUGUUUCCCUGUUCCCCACGCCUCUGGGCCUAGGCAGGAGCAUAUAUUAUUUAUUAAACAA